AGAACAAACAAAACAUGAGAGAGAAUAAACAUUCCAGUUGUCAAGUCCUCAUGAAACCUAUGAUAUGAAUGCGAUGUUUUAAAAUACCUCGUGUGACGCCAGCCUUUCAAGAAGAGGUGUGAAAUAAAACAUUACAAUUCUGGGUAAAACAUUAAAACUAUUAAUGAUAGAACCAAACCUGCAAAGUAAAACAUGCUCAGACAUCAUAGGAAAGUGAAAUACUGCUAUAGAUGAACAUACAUCUGAGGUUUGAACAUUACUCUCGGCUCCUCUGUGCUUGUGUCUCCAUCUCCAACACUUGUCUGUACAGAAGUUGUGCAUGUGUGUGUAGAGCAUGUUAGUUGUUGAAUAUUGCAUGUUUCCAUGUUUCCUGUAGACCACAGACGGGUGAGAGGUCGUGCUCGUGCUCGCAGAAGUAUUAAUAGUGACUCGUUUUCAGGUGAUGUACACACUCGCAUGCAUGUUGUGUGUAUAUCCUUGUGUGUCUGUAUGUUUGUUAUACAGGGAGGGGGCUGUUAAAUUGAUUUUGUUGUUUUAAUCUCAAGAUUGAUAUACAGAUAGAUGAAGAUUGUUGAAGCAGCAAAUCUUUAAUGACAUUUGUUGUUUUAAGGAAUUACAACUUCAUUUGUUCGCAUGUUUUCCCCUCCACCUGAAACUACCUCAGGUCCUGUCAUAUCAACGGCUGCCUCUCCCCUGAGCAGCCAGACGCCCACGACCACAGGUUCACCACCAUUAAACUGUAACAUCAAUGGACUCUGUUCCGAUACAGACGCUUAUUUUUGGAUGUUCUUAAGUGUUGAGGCCAGAAACAGCAGUGAUGUGACAGACCUGCUGACCACAGCGUUUGGCUGCAGAGUAAAUGCACCACAGAUUUUCUGUGAGGGUGGAACAAAUGUUCAGGUAGUCGAGGUUUCCUGUGGUGAACAAAGUGAGAUGAGAAAUAGGACCUGCGGCGUGCUGCUGAAGCUCGGCCACACCGUCUCAGCUUGUGAUCUGCAGCUGGCCGGAGCGUCUGCACUGCAGCAAGCUGGAAGCGAGAAGGCACGGGCGACAAUCAUGGGACAGGUGGAGAGAGUCGGUCGAAAUCUGUGCGAGAACCUGACGUCCCCUGGUGACAACUUUGUGAGGUGCACCUUCACGUCCUCCCUGGAUGACGUCUGCCAGUCCAACACAACCUCCACCGUUAAAUGCUCUCCCCUGCAGCUCAGUUACAGCGACGCAGCCCUACAACCUACAACACACUCCUGCAGCAGGCAAACGUCUCACUUCUGUGACUGCUCCGCAUUCUGCAACUCUUCAAGCCAGUUUUUCGCCACAAGAAUUAAUAUCAACACACCCUCUGUUGAUAUUCAAACUCUUCUAAGAAGUUUGUUGUUACCACCUGGUGAGGAGUAUCCAGAGAUUUCCAAUCAUUACAAGCGCACUCAACUGGAAUGUCAGGGGACCACGCAGAGGUUAACCAGCUGCAUGCUGAUACUGGAGAUGUCUGGAUCUGUCGAUGGCUGCUCCCUGAGCAGAGCUGUGCAACGACUCAUCGACAACAACACUAGCAUCACAAAUGACAAGCCGCUCACACGCAUGGUGUUGUGUGGUUCUGCUGGUUCCACUGUCCCGACCCUGUUGGCGUCCAACCUGACCUGGGUCGCCAGUGAGCAGCCGAACUCCACCGUCUGCCAACCGACCUCCACUCUGGUUAAAUGUGAAGCGAAUCAGACACUCGCUGUUCUCCUGACUGACAGUUGUCCUCCAGAACCUUCCACCACCACGCACGGCAUCUUCUCGACUACAACCGGCACUUCUGAAGCCAACCGACACACUAACACGACAACCAACAACACCACAGCAGCGCAACAGAAAAAUGCAACACAGGGAAUAGCUCAGCCUGUCACGACAACGUCACCCACAACAAGUAACGGCGAACAAUCCUCAACUGCGCAACUUGCACUUCAAACAACAUUUCAGAGUACAAGGGAUCAGUAUAAUGGAAGUACAGUGAUUCAAAACACAACCACAACCCCAACACAACAAAAUACAACAGAAUCAGUAUCUACUGUCGACUCAACACAAACCAACAUCGCAACGUCUGCAAACGACUCAACUACUCUGGCUCAGUCAACAACAUUUAACACAACUAAACUGUCUCCCACUCACACACCACUGCACAAUGUAACCACAGCAGAUGGACUUACACUUUCUCCCAGUUACACAACAGUGAAUAACAUAACUGCACUCGCAGCACUUGCAUCUAUCCCAAAUAACACAACACUCUACAAGGAAACUACUGUUACAACAUCCAGGGACACAACAAUAUACAACAUAACAACAGCAACUGCACAUGUAAACAAUCACACAGUGUACAAUGUAACAACAGCAGCUACUUUUACACAGUCUUCCAGUAACGCAUCAGUGAACAACAUAACUUCAGUAAGACAUGUUAGGUCUUCAACAAAUACCACAACAAACUACACUGUAAGUCCUAUUGAUGCAGUUACAACAACCGAACCACUUACGUCUUUUCUAAAUAACACAACACACUACACUGUAACUACAACAGAUGCAGUUACACCUUCUCCAACUAACACAACAGUUAAUAGCAUAACUACAACCAGACCAGUUACAUCUCUUCCAAAUAACACAACAAACUACACUGUCACUGCAACAGAUACAACUAUACCCUCUCCAAGUAUCACAACAGUUAACAACAUAACAACAGCCAGACCACUUACAAUUUCUCCAAACUACACUGUAACUGCAACUGAUACAUCUAUAUCUUCUACAAGUAACACAACUUCUAGCAACAUAACAACAACCACAGCAGUUACAUAUAUUCCAAAUAACACAACCAACUACACUGUAACUACAACAGAUGCAGUUACACCAUCUCCAAGUAACACAACAGUUAACAACAUAACAACAACCAUACCACUUACGAUUUCUCCAAACAACACAAUAAACUACACUGUAACUGCAACUGAUACAACUAUACCUUCUCCAAGUAACACAACAUUUAGCAACAUAACAACAACCAGACCAGUUACAUAUAUUCCAAAUAACACAACAAACUAUGCUGUAACUACAACAGAUGCAGUUACACCUUCUCCAAGUAACACAACAGUUAACAACAUAACAACAAGACCAGUAACAUAUCUUCCAAAUAACACAACAAACUACACUGUAACUACAACAGAUGCAGUUACACCUUCUCCUAGUAACACAACAUUGAGCAACAUAACAACCAGACCAGUUACAUCUCUUCCAAAUAACACAACAAACUACACUGAAACUACAACAGAUGCAGUUACACCUACUCCAAGUAACACAACAGUUAACAACAUAACAACAACCAGACCAGUUACAUCUCUUCCAAAUAACACAACAAACUACACUGAAACUACAACAGAUGCAGUUACGCCUACUCCAAGUAACACAACAGUUAACAACAUAACAACAACCGGACCAGUUACAUCUAUUCCAAAUAACACAACAAACUACACUGACGCUACAACAGAUGCAGUUACAUCAUCUCCAAGUAACACAACAAUUAGCAACAUAACAACAACUACAUCAGUUACAUCUCUUCCAAAUAACACAACACACUACACUGUACCUGCAACAGAUACAACUACACCUUCUCCAAUUAACACAACAGUUAACAACAUAACAACAAACAGACCAGUUACAUCUAUUCCAAAUAACACAACCAACUACACUGUAACUACAACAGAUGCAGUUACACCUUCUCCAAGUAACACAACAGUUAACAACAUAACAACAGCUAGACCACUUACGAUUUCUCCAACCAACAUAACAAACUACACUGUAACUGCACCAGAUACAACUACACCUUCUCCAAGUAACGCAACAGUUUAUAACAUAACAACCAGACCAGUUACAUCUCUUCCAAAUAACACAACAAACUACACUGUAACUACAACAGAUUCAACUAUACCUUCUCCAAGUAACACAACAAUUAACAACAUAACAACAGCCAGACCACUUACGAUUUCUCCAACCAACACAACAAACUACACUGUAACUGCUACUGAUACAACUAUACCUUCUCCAAGUAACACAACAUUUACCAACAUAACAAUAACCAGACCAGUUACAUCUCCUCCAAAUAACGCAACAAACUACACUGUAACUGCAGCAGAUACAACAAUACACUCUCCAAGUAACACAACAGUUAACAACAUAACAACAACCGGACCAGUUACAUUUCCUCCAAAUAACUCAACAAACGAUACUUUAACUACAACAGAUACAGUUACACCCUCUCCAAGUUACACAACAGUUAGCAACAUAACAACAACCAGAUCAGUUACAUCUCUUCCAAAUAACACGACAAUUUACACUGUACCUGCAACAGAUGCAGUUACACCUUCUACAAGUAACACAACAGUUAACAACAUAAGAACAACUGGACCAGUUACAUCUAUUCCAAAUAACACAACCAACUACACUGUAACUACAACAGAUGCAGUUACACCUUCUCCAAGUAACACAACAAACUACCCUGUAACUGCGACAGAUACAACUACACCUUCUCCAAGUAACACAACAGUUAACAACAUAACAACAACCGGACCAGUUACAUCUAGUCAAAAUAACACAACAAAUUACACUGCACCUGCAACAGAUGCAGUUACACCUUCUCCAAGUAACACAACAGUUAACAACAUAACAACAACCAGACCAGUUACAUCUCCUCCAACUAACACAACAAACUACACUGGAACUACAACAGAUGCAGUUACACCUUCUCCAAGUAACAGAACAGUUAACAACAUAACAACAACCGGACCAGUUACAUCUAGUCAAAAUAACACAACAAAUUACACUGCACCUGCAACAGAUGCAGUUACACCUUCUCCAAGUAACACAACAGUUAACAACAUAACAACAACCAGACCAGUUACAUCUCCUCCAACUAACACAACAAACUACACUGGAACUACAACAGAUGCAGUUACACCUUCUCCAAGUAACAGAACAGUUAACAACAUAACAACAACCGGACCAGUUACAUCUAGUCAAAAUAACACAACAAAUUACACUGCACCUGCAACAGAUGCAGUUACACCUUCUCCAAGUAACACAACAGUUAACAACAUAACAACAACCAGACCAGUUACAUCUCCUCCAACUAACACAACAAACUACACUGGAACUACAACAGAUGCAGUUACACCUUCUCCAAGUAACAGAACAGUUAACAACAUAACAACAACCGGACCACCUACACCUUCUCCAAAUAACACACCAAACUACACUGUAACUACAAGAGAUGCAGUUUCACCUUCUCCAAGUAACACAACAGUUAAGAACAUAACAACAACAAGAUCAGUUACAUAUUUUCCAAAUAACACCACAAACUACACUGUACCUGCAACAGAUACAACUAUACCUUCUCCAAGUAACACAACAAAUUACACUGUAACUGCAACAGAUACAACUACACCUUCUCCAAGUAUGACAACAGUUAACAGCAUAACAACAACCGGACCAGUUACAUCUCUUCCAAACAACACAACUAUCUACACUGUAACUUCAACAGAUGUAGUUACACCUUCUCCAAGUAACACAACAGUUAACAACAUAACAACAACUGGACAAUUUACAUAUAAUCUAAAUAACACACCAAACUACACUGUAACUACAACAGAUGCAGUUACACCUUCUCCAAGUAACACAACAGUCAUCAACAUAACAACAACUGGACCAGUUACACCUUCUCCAAGUAACACAACAGAUUACACUGUAACUGCAACAGAUACAACUACACUUUCUCCAAGUAACACAACAGUUAACAACAUAACAACAACCAGACCAGUUACAUCUAUUCCAAAUAACACAACCAACUACACUGUAACUACAACGGAUGCAGUUACACCUUCUCCAAGUAUGACAACAGUUAACAGCAUAACAACAACCAGCCCAGUUACAUCUAGUCCAAAUAACACAACUAACUACAUUGUAACUACAACAGAUGUAGUGACACGUUCUCCAAGUAACACAACAGUUAGCAACAUAACAACAACCGGACCAGUUACACCUUUUCCAAGUAACACAACAAAUUACACUGUAACUGCAACAGAUACAACCACACCUUCUCCAAGUAACACAACAGUUAACAACAUAACAACAACCACACCAGUUACAUCUAUUCCAAAUAACACAACCAACUACACUGUAACUACAACAGAUGCAGUUACACCUUCUCCAAGUAACACAACAGUUAGCAACAUAACAACAGUCAGACCACUUACAUCUAUUCCAAAUAACACAACUAACUACACUUUACCUGCAACAGAUACAACUAUACCUUCUCCAAGUAACACAACAAAUUACACUGUAACUGCAACAGAUACAACUAUACCUUCUCCAAGUAACACAACAGUUAACAACAUAAGAACAACUGGACCAGUUACAUCUAUUCCAAAUAACACAACCAACUACACUGUAACUGCGACAGAUACAACUACACCUUCUCCAAGUAACACAACAGUUAACAACAUAACAACAACCGGACCAGUUACAUCUAGUCAAAAUAACACAACAAAUUACACUGCACCUGCAACAGAUGCAGUUACACCUUCUCCAAGUAACACAACAGUUAACAACAUAACAACAACCAGACCAGUUACAUCUCCUCCAACUAACACAACAAACUACACUGGAACUACAACAGAUGCAGUUACACCUUCUCCAAGUAACAGAACAGUUAACAACAUAACAACAACCGGACCACCUACACCUUCUCCAAAUAACACACCAAACUACACUGUAACUACAACAGAUGCAGUUUCACCUUCUCCAAGUAACACAACAGUUAAGAACAUAACAACAACAAGAUCAGUUACAUAUUUUCCAAAUAACACCACAAACUACACUGUACCUGCAACAGAUACAACUAUACCUUCUCCAAGUAACACAACAAAUUACACUGUAACUGCAACAGAUACAACUACACCUUCUCCAAGUAUGACAACAGUUAACAGCAUAACAACAACCGGACCAGUUACAUCUCUUCCAAACAACACAACUAUCUACACUGUAACUUCAACAGAUGUAGUUACACCUUCUCCAAGUAACACAACAGUUAACAACAUAACAACAACUGGACAAUUUACAUAUAAUCUAAAUAACACACCAAACUACACUGUAACUACAACAGAUGCAGUUACACCUUCUCCAAGUAACACAACAAAUUACACUGUAACUGCAACAGAUACAACUACACUUUCUCCAAGUAACACAAUAGUUAACAACAUAACAACAACCAGACCAGUUACAUCUAUUCCAAAUAACACAACCAACUACACUGUAACUACAACGGAUGCAGUUACACCUUCUCCAAGUAUGACAACAGUUAACAGCAUAACAACAACCAGCCCAGUUACAUCUAGUCCAAAUAACACAACUAACUACAUUGUAACUACAACAGAUGUAGUGACACGUUCUCCAAGUAACACAACAGUUAGCAACAUAACAACAACCGGACCAGUUACACCUUUUCCAAGUAACACAACAAAUUACACUGUAACUGCAACAGAUACAACCACACCUUCUCCAAGCAACACAACAGUUAACAACAUAACAACAACCAGACCAGUUACAUCUAUUCCAAAUAACACAACCAACUACACUGUAACUACAACAGAUGCAGUUACACCUUCUCCAAGUAACACAACAGUUAGCAACAUAACAACAACCAGACCAGUUACAUCUAUUCCAAAUAACACAACCAACUACACUGUAACUACAACAGAUGCAGUUACACCUUCUCCAAGUUACACAACAAACUACCCUGUAACUGCGACAGAUAGAACUACACCUUCUCCAAGUAACACAACAGUUAACAACAUAACAACAGUCAGACCACUUACGAUUUCUCCAAACAACACAACAAACUACACUGUAACUGCAACAGAUACAACUACACCUUCUCCAAGUUACACAACAGUUAACAACAUAACAACAACCGGACCAGUUACAUCUAUUCCAAAUAACACAACCAACUACACUGUAACUACAACAGAUGCAGUUACACCUUCUCCAAGUAACACAACAAACUACCCUGUAACUGCGACAGAUACAACUACACCUUCUCCAAGUAACACAACAGUUAGCAACAUAACAACAACCAGACCAGUUACAUCUAUUCCAAAUAACACAACCAACUACACAUUAACUACAACGGAUGCAGUUACACCUUCUCCAAGUAUGACAACAGUUAACAGCAUAACAACAACCGGCCCAGUUACAUCAAGUCCCAAUAACACAACCAACUACACAUUAACUACAACGGAUGCAGUUACACCUUCUCCAAAUAUGACAACAGUUAACAGCAUAACAACAACCGGCCCAGUUACAUCAAGUUCAAAUAACACAACUAACUACAUUGUAACUACAACAGAUGUAGUUACACCUUCUCCAAGUAACACAACAGUUAGCAACAUAACAACAACCGGACCAGUUACACCGUCUCCAAGUAACACAACCAACUACACUGUAACUACAACAGAUGCAGUUACACCUUCUCCAAGUAACACAACAAACUACCCUGUAACUACGACAGAUAGAACUACACCUUCUCCAAGUAACACAACAGUUAACAACAUAACAACAGUCAGACCACUUACGAUUUCUCCAAACAACACAACAAACUACACUGUAACUUCAACAGAUACAACUAUACCUUCUCCAAGUAACACAACAGUUAACAACAUAACAACAACUGGACCAGUUACAUCUAUUCCAAAUAACACAACCAACUACACUGUAACUUCAACAGAUACAACUAUACCUUCCCAAAGUAACACAACCGUUAGCAACAUAACAACAACUGGACCAGUUACACCUUCUCCAAGUAACACAACAAACUACCCUGUAACUACGACAGAUAGAACUACACCUUCUCCAAGUAACACAACAGUUAACAACAUAACAACAGUGAGACCACUUACGAUUUCUCCAAACAACACAACAAACUACACUGUAACUUCAACAGAUACAACUAUACCUUCUCCAAGUAACACAACAGUUAACAACAUAACAACAACUGGACCAGUUACAUCUAUUCCAAAUAACACAACCAACUACACUGUAACUACAACAGAUGCAGUUACACCUUCUCCAAGUAACACAACAGUUAGCAACAUAACAACAACCAGACCAGUUACAUCUAUUCCAAAUAACACAACCAACUACACUGUAACUACAACAGAUGCAGUUACACCUUCUCCAAGUAACACAACAGUUAGCAACAUAACAACAACCAGACCAGUUACAUCUAUUCCAAAUAACACAACCAACUACACUGUAACUACAACAGAUGCAGUUACACCUUCUCCAAGUAACACAACAAACUACCCUGUAACUACGACAGAUAGAACUACACCUUCUACAAGUAACACAACAGUUAACAACAUAACAACAGUCAGACCACUUACGAUUUCUCCAAACAACACAACAAACUACACUGUAACUUCAACAGAUAAAACUAUGCCUUCUCCAAGUAACACAACAGUUAGCAACAUAACAACAACUGGACCAGUUACACCUUCUCCAAGUAACACAACAGUUAACAACAUUACAACAACCAGACCAGUUACAUCUAUUCCAAGUAACACAACAAAUUACACUGUAACUGCAACAGAUACAACUACACUUUCUCCAAGUAACACAACAGUUAACAACAUAACAACAACUGGACCAGUUACAUCUAUUCCAAAUAACACAACCAACUACACAUUAACUACAACGGAUUCAGUUACACCUUCUCCAAGUAUGACAAAAGUUAACAACAUAACAACAACCAAACCAGUUACAUCUAUUCCAAAUAACACAACCAACUACACUGUAACUACAACAGAUGCAGUUACACCUUCUCCAAGUAACACAACAAACUACCCUGUAACUGCGACAGAUACAACUUCACAUUCUCCAAGUAACACAGCAGUUAGCAACAUAACAACAACCAGACCAGUUUCAUCUAUUCCAAAUAACACAACCAACUACACAUUAAUUACAACGGAUGCAGUUACACCUUCUCCAAAUAUGACAACAGUUAACAGCAUAACAACAACCGGCCCAGUUACAUCUAGUCCAAAUAACACAACUAACUACACUGUAACUACAAUAGAUGUAGUUACACCUUCUCCAAGUAACACAACAGUUAGCAACAUAACAACAACCGGACCAGUUACACCUUCUCUAAGUAACACAACAAAUUACACUGUAACUGCAACAGAUACAACUACACCUUCUCCAAGUAACACAACAGUUAGCAACAUACCAACAACCAGACCAGUUACAUCUAUUCAAAAUAACACAACCAACUACACUGUAACUACAACAGAUGCAGUUACACCUUCUCCAAGUAACACAACAAACUACCCUGUAACUGCGACAGAUACAACUACACCUUCUCCAAGUAACACAACAGUUAGCAACAUACCAACAACCAGACCAGUUACAUCUAUUCCAAAUAACACAACCAACUACACAUUAACUACAACGGAUGCAGUUACACCUUCUCCAGGUAUGACAACAGUUAACAGCAUAACAACAACUGGCCCAGUUACAUCUAGUCCAAAUAACACAACUAACUACACUGUAACUACACCAGAUGUAGUUACACCUUCACCAAGUAACACAACAGUUAACAACAUAACAACAACAAGAUCAGCUACAUAUUUUCCAAAUAACACCACAAACUACACCGUACCUGCAACAGAUACAACUAUACCUUCUCCAAGUAACACAACAGUUAGCAACAUAACAACAACCGGACCAGUUACAUCUAUUCCAAAUAACAAAACAAACUACACUGGAACUACAACCGAUGCUGUUACACCUUCUCCAAGUAACACAACAGUUAACAACAUUACUACAACCAGACCAGUUACAUCUAUUCCAAAUAACACAACAAACUACACUUUAACGACCACAGUUGCAACUACACCUUCUCCAAGUAACACAACAGUUAACAACAUAACAACAACCAGGUCAGUUACAUCUCUUCCAAAUAACACAACAAACUUCACUGUAACUGCAACUGAUACAACUAUACCUUCUCCAAGUAACACAACAGUUAACAACACAACAGCAUUAAGACCAGUUACAUCUACCCCAAAUAACACAACAAACUACAAUGUAACUUCACCAAAAAAUAACACAACAGCCUCUAACAUUUACGCAACAAAUAACACAACAGCUUCUGUAAAUCAGACUACAGAGUACAAUCUAACUACAACAAACAACAAUCACACAACAGCCUCUAACAUCUACACAACAAAUAACCCAACAGCUUCUAUAAAUCAGACUACAGAGUACAAUCUAACUACACCCACCAACAAUCUCACAACAGCCUCUAACAACUACACAACAGCCUUUCACAAUAACACAACAGAGUUUAGUCUAACUACAGCAGCCAACAAUUACACAACAGGAUACAAUGUAACUUCAGCUGAGAACAGGAAUGUAAACAAUGGCACAAUCACAACAAGCAAUACAACAGCAGCCAACAAUUACACAACAGAGUACAAUGGAACUGCAGCCACCCACAAUUACACAACUGCCUCUACCAUCCACACAACAAAUAACCCAACAGCUUCUAACAAUCACACUACAGAAUACAAUAUAACUACACCCACCAACAAUUACACAACAAAUAAAACAACAGACUUCAAUGUUACUAUAGCCUCAAAAAAUUACACAACAGCCUCUAACAAUUACACAACCAAUUACAGUGUAACUACAGUCACCAACAAUUACACAACAAGUAAUACACCAGAGUAUAAUGUAACUACAGCAGCCAACAAUUACACAAUAGGAUACAAUGUAACUACAGCUGGGAACAGGAGUUUAAAUAAUGGCACAAUCACAACAAGCAAUACAACAACACACACAACAGAGUACAAUGUAACAACAGCAGCCAACAAUUACACAACAGAAUACAAUGUAUCUACUGCAGCCAACAAUAACAAAACAGCAUCUAAGAAUUACACAACAAAUUACACCACAGCCUCUUCGAAUUACACAACAGAGUACAAUGUAACUGCAGCCACCCACAAUGAUACAACAGCCUCCAGCAAUGAUACAACAGCCUCGAAUAACUACACAGCAGAGUAUAAUGUAACUACUGUUUCGCAGAACUACACAGCAAUAGAGAAUAUUACAACUACUACUGUUUCUUUGAAUGUAACAGUUGCACCCAUCACGGAAACACAACAGAACACAACUGUGACUCACACGACUUCUCAAGUUAACACAAGUCUAAACAAUUCAACAACGACAACAAACUUGACUGUGGACAACACAACUUCUGUUGUGAACAACAGCAUUACAACCACUGCAUCUCCGCUGGACAACCAAACCACAAAUCACACCACAUCGAGUUCGACCCACAGCAUCACAUCAUCUGCAAAUAAUUACACAAACUCCACGACAACUGCCAACAGCAUUGAUCCCACUGUCACCAACAACACUACUACGGCAACAAGCUACAACCAGAGCUCAACUACCAGCAGUUUAACAAUCGCUCUCAACCAAACCACAAAAAGUCCAACUACAACAACGAAUACUAAUUCUACAGCUACUACUACUGCUACAACUACCAACGCUACAACUGCUACACCUGGCCCACUUCCGGCAUCGCCCAACACCACAACUGCUUUGGUUCCCUCAACAACCACAACAACUCUCCCAUCUACCGUCGUCAUCGGCACAACUGAAGCACCGACUGGUUCGGCUCCGACUUCCACAGCUGCUUCAGGGACAACGAUGAGCCAAGAGGCCAAAGAGGAGCUGGCGAACAGGAUGUUGGACCAGACUCAGGAAGCGUCACAGCUCGAAUCCUCUCAGUUGGAGCAGAUAGUGGAGCAGCUGGAGAGGCUGCUGGACGGCCCGACUGUCUCUAGGUCUGUGGGACAAAAAGUCAUCAACAUCAUCAGUAACUUGAUGGAGGCCGACGCUGAGGCCCUCUCUGCGUUGGCUAAUAGGCUGAUUCGAGUCGUGGACACCGUGGGUCUGAAGCUGGCCGUCAGCGGCGACCGAGAGAUCCUCUCGGCACAGUCACUGGUUCUGGCCGUCAGGACGGUGGAUGGGACCAACUUCCCGACAACAUCUGUCGACAUCUUCAACACGGAUAAUGUUCAGCUUCGUGCUCUCAGCAGGACCAGGUCCAAGAGGUCGGCUCCUGCUCUGGGAUCAGUUUUCCUGCCCUCCACCCUGACUGCAGGUCUCAGUCCUGAGCAGCAACAACAGGCCAGCAGGGUCCAGUUCACUUUCUACACCAAAAACGCCUUUUUCCAGGACCCAUCAUUAGAAAACACAACUGUCGUCAGUACAGUUCUGGGCUCCAGUGUUGCCAAUUUGUCAAUAAGCAACUUGAGUGAGGACAUUCGGUUCACCAUCCAAAACACCAACCCCGUACCUGGAAACUUUUCGGCUUCCUGUGUAUUUUGGGACUUCACUCAGAAUGGUGGUGAUGGAGGCUGGAGCUCUGACGGCUGCUUUGUUGUCAACGCCACGUCGGAAAAAACGAUUUGCAGCUGCAAUCAUCUCACGUCAUUUGCAAUACUCCUGGAUUUGCCCAGAGAAGGAAUAAUCGAUCGUGAGCACGCACAAAUCCUAACUUUCAUCACCUACAUCGGCUGUGGAGUCUCUGCUAUCUUUCUUGCCGUCACUUUACUGACGUACCUUUUAUUUGAGAAACUGAUGCGAGACAUUCCGGCCAAGAUCCUGGUGCAGCUCUCCUUUUCCCUGCUCUUCCUCAACCUGGUGUUCUUACUGGACGGCUGGCUGGCGCUCUACCCGGCGGUCGGGCUGUGUAUCAGCACCGCCUUCUUCCUGCACUACUUUCUGCUGACCACGUUCACCUGGGCCGGGCUGGAGGCGCUGCACAUGUACCUGAGCAUCGUCAAAGUGUUCACGCCUUACCUGAGCAAAUACAUGCUCAAGUUCUCCCUGAUAGGCUGGGGUGUUCCCCUCAUCCCGGUGAUCAUCAUAAUAGCAGUAGACAAAGACAACUACGGUUUAGUGACAUACGGAAAAUACACAGAUGGAACAACAGACGACUUCUGUUGGCUGCGUAACGACAUCGCCUUCUACGUGGGCGUGGUGGCGUACUUCCUGGCGAUCUUUGCCGUGUGCCUGCUCGUCUUCAUCGUGGUCAUGAUCCAACUCUCUCGGAUCAAGAGGCAGAACCCUCAGAACCAGGCUCCGAACAGAGGAGUGAUGACGGACGUGCGCAGCGUCAGCGGCCUCAUCAUCCUGCUCGGCCUCACCUGGGGCUUCGCUCUGUUCGCCUGGGGGCCGCUCUACCUGCCCUUCGUUUACCUCUUCACCAUAUUCAACUCUCUGCAAGGUUUCUUUGUCUUUGUUUUCCACUGUGCUAUCAAGGAGAACGUCAGGAGGCAGUGGCGGACUUAUCUCUGCUGCGGGAGGCUGCGAUUGGCCGAGAACUCUGAUUGGAGUCGUACGGCCACUCAGAACAACAGGAAUCUGUCGAUGGCUACCGCCUUCACCUCAGCUCCCUCCUCCUCCUCGCAAAGGUCCUCUGUCGUCAGUGAUGUCACCAAUAGCAGUGGGUCUGUGUUUGUAGACAGCGGAAUAUCGGACAGCACCAACAGCGACGUGGUCUUCAACGAGCUCCACAGACGAAACACGUUUUCACGAGGCGAACCCUGAUGGCUGGGUCCAGGUGGGGGGGGGGCUUAAAGAAGUUAUCAGUGUUACAUGAGAUGAAGGAUUAAAGUUGUAAUGAAGGAUCGAAGGCUUCAGAGAAGAAGUGAGACUAAAGUUCCUGGAGUGGAAAAUUGUUACUUGACAUCAUUUGUAUAUUGACGGUGGGAAACAGAAAAGAUGAAAGAGGCUUGUUAACAGCGGUCAAUGUACAGAAGGAGGAUUUGUGACUGAAAAUCUGAAUCAUGUCUGUGUCUGUAGGAUUAUUACUGCAAACGUUGAUUCUAUUACAUUAUAUUCAGAUUGUUUUGAUUGUUGUGAGGGUAGUUUGCUCUCUUUCAGUAGAUUGUUAUACCUUUUGGAACAUGAAUGGGGAGAAAUGAAGAUAUCUCCAUUGUUCCAUGAACUGUUGCCACUAUAUUUUUUAAUUUGACCCUCUCUCUGAUGAGGGAGGUCUUAAGGCACUUUGAGAAAUACCGCAGAUGUAAAGUUAAUUAAAUGAAAAUAUCCACAUGCUUUUUUAUCUAAUCUAUAUUUUUAUUAGUAUGUUGAUUUAGACUCGAGAGAUGCACUAUUAUAUGAGAUUGUAUCAGAUAUUUUUUUAAAGGAGUGUAUUGGUUGUGCAGUUUGCUGGAGCAUCAGCAGACAGUGAGGAUUUACAUCCUGCCCUUUUUUUAUCGGGAGCAGAUUUGACUAAAUGUCCUUGUGGGUGAACAUGUGCAUGUCACGAACGAGAAGAUAAUAAACCUUCAAUUUAU